UUUCAACAUUAAGUUUUUUGUAGACUAGUGUAAUUAGUUCUUAACACAAAUACACGUAUGUGUGUGAAAGGUGCUGAAGAUUCGGAAAAACCGGUGCUAAUUUUUUCCUGAUUAAACUUUUUUUUUUUAAAUCGCUGAUAAACAAAAGCAUCUAGGCUUCGUAUCUGAGACGUCUUCUCACAAAAAUCAGUAGUUGAGCAGACGCUUUUGAGUUAACUUCGUUCGGUUCUUAAGUGCAGUUCUAUAAAAAAAAUGACAAGACCGCAAAAUUUACUAUUAAUAUUGAGCGCCGUAUGUCUACUGAAGCAUACUUGGACGGCCAGUGUCGGAGACACUUGCAAAAUAGAGUCUACACCCGGUAUUUGUAAAAGAGCAUCUGACUGUCUUCAGCUGAACGAGUAUAUUAAACGUGGAAAUAUAGAACUAGAAGGUAUUCAGUGUGACAUUGCGACAUCUGAAAAUCUUAUCUGCUGCCCAACUACAUCAUUUUCGAAAACAUGGAUUUUAAAACGACUUCAGCCUGGUCUGGUCUGGUCAGUAACAGAAAAAUCAAUUAAGGAACGACCUGCUGAGAAAGCUUGUCAUUUACUGGAGGAUAAGAUAGUUGCCAAUCCAAAUAUAAGGGUACUCGGUGGUACAUCUGUGGAACUUGGUGAGUUCCCAUAUAUGGUAGGAAUUGGCUAUAAAUCCAAUGAUGAACACAAAACCUAUGAUAUUCGUUGCGGUGGUUCUUUAAUUGAUUCAAAGUUUGUUUUAACUGCCGCACAUUGUAUAACAGUAUCUGGAAAUCCACCUCUAAUAGUUCGCUUGGGUGUCAUCAAUAAUACCGAUGUUGACGAAAUUAAAAAUGGUUUAGAAAUUCCAAUAAAAAAAAUACACGUACAUCCGGAAUAUAUAUCGACUGCUGUCUAUAAUGACAUUGGAUUGUUAGAAUUGGAAAAUAGUGUAAAAUUCACAUCUGACAUUUACCCUACAUGCUUAUACACCAAUGUUGAAAAUCCACCUGCAGAUUCCCUAUUAUAUGCCACUGGUUGGGGAGUCGUCAGUACAACCACUCAUAAGCCUUCAGACGUUUUACUAAAAGGUGUACAGGAACUUGUACCGUUAGACGUUUGUCAUAAUUCAUAUCAAGAAGCAGGCUUAACAAGACGAAAUAGAAAUGGUGUAAUACAAACUCAAAUGUGUACGAAAGCAAAAGAAUCAGAAAAAAGCCCCUGUCAGGGCGAUGCCGGUGGACCUAUAAGUUUAGUUGUGGACCCUACUUGGAGAAUAUAUCGUCAAAUUGGUGUAAUCUCAGUCGGUUAUGGUUGCGGUUCUGCAAUACCCGACAUAAGUACUCGUAUUGCUUCACAUUUAGAUUUUAUUGAGAAUAUUGUUUGGCCGCAUUUGAAAUAAAUUGAAAUUUAAUUAUUUAA